AUGGCGCAACAAGAGUUACAAGAUGAAGAAAGUUUCUCUUACGCCGUUCAGCUCUGCAACUCCGUCGUUCUUUCCAUGGCACUUCAUUCCGCCACCGAACUCGGUGUUUUCCAAGUCUUACAAAAUUCCGAUUCCGAUUCUCCACUCUCCGCCGACGAUAUUGCUUCUCGUCUUUCGUGCACUAAUCCCGAAGCCUCCAAAAUGUUAGAUCGAAUUCUCGCUCUUCUUGCUUCUCACUCUAUUCUUAACUGCUCCGUUGUUCCUGAUCAGAAAGACCUUGGAUCGUUUAAUAGACUCUAUUCUAUCACUCCUGUUGCUAAAUUCUUUGCUCCUAAUUCCGAUGGUGUUUCGUUAGCUCCUUUGAUUGCAUUGCAUCAGGAUAAGAUCUUCUUACAAAGCUGGUCCCAGCUUAAAGAUUCAAUUAGGGAAGGGGGUAUUCCAUUUAACAGGGUUCAUGGUACAAAUGCCUUUGAGUAUCCCAGCUUAGACUCGAGGUUCAAUCAAGUUUUCAAUACAGCAAUGAUCAAUCACUCUACUAUAAUAAUGAAGAAGGUUCUAGAAUGCUACAGAGGAUUUGAGGAAGUAAAAAGGCUCGUGGAUGUUGGUGGUGGUCUUGGGAUCAGCAUUAACUUGAUCACUUCAAAAUACCCUCAUAUAAAGGGUAUCAAUUUCGACUUGCCUCAUGUCAUUGAACAUGCCCCUUCCUAUCCUGGAGUUGAACACGUUGGCGGAGAUAUGUUUGAAAGUGUGCCUAAAGCAGAUGCGAUAUUUAUGAAGUGGAUACUUCAUGACUGGAGUGAUGAGCAGUGCUUGAAGCUUUUGAAGAAUUGCUAUGGUGCUAUUCCUGAUGAUGGAAAGGUGAUUGUUUUGGAGACAGUUAUGUCUAUUAUACCAGAAAACAAUGCUGCUUGGAAGUUUGCGGCCCAAUCGGAUGUUCUGAUGAUGACUCAAAAUCCAGGUGGGAAAGAGCGAACUGAGCAAGAAUUCAUGGAUUUAGCAAAUGGAGCUGGAUUUCGUGGCAUUAGAUAUGAAUGUUAUGUUAAUACUUUUUGGGUUAUGGAGUUCUUCAAGUAG